CUUAAAACCUCCCCCUGUUUUUCUCUCUCCCACCCCUGCUCCUAAUCUCUCUCUCUCUCUCCUCUCUCUCUCUCUAAUUACAGAGAAAGAUGCGGUUUUGCGACAUGGGUUAUGACUUAUGACCCCUCUCCACCCCUCUAAACCAACCCUCCCACAAAACGCCGUUACUCCCCACCAAUCCAACCCCGUUACUCCCCACCAAUCCAACCCCGUUACACCCCUCCCCUCACGUGCUUCCAAAACCCCAGCAACGUAUGGCCCUGGAGCGAUUGACCCUCGCUCCGCCGCCCAUCGCCGUCAUCUCCGACGCCACUGACGGCGGCGACCGAUCGUCAUCGGCGGCGCGGCUGCCACGGUGGACCAGGCAAGAGAUUCUUGUGUUGAUACAGGGUAAGAGGGUGGCCGAGACCCGGGUCCGACGUGGCCGGGUCGCCGGGAUGGGACUCGGGGCGGGCCAGGUGGAGCCCAAGUGGGCCUCGGUCUCGAGUUACUGUAAGCAGCACGGGGUGAACCGGGGCCCGGUUCAGUGUAGGAAGCGGUGGAGCAACUUGGCCGGAGAUUACAAGAAGAUUAAAGAAUGGGAGAAAACCCAGGUGAAGGACGAGGCGGAUUCUUUCUGGGUUAUGAGGAAUGAUCUGAGGAGAGAGAGGAAGUUGCCGGGGUUUUUUGACAGGGAGGUUUAUGAGAUUCUUGAUGGUGGGCCCACGGCGGCGGCGGCGGCGGCGGAGGGUGGUUUUCCGGUGGGUUUGUUGUUGGGUCUGGGGGUGUCGGCGGCGGAGGAGGAGGGGGAAGAGGCAGCGGGGGAGGAGGUGGAGGAGGAGGGUGGGGAGGUUAGGGGAGAGGCGGUUUUUGAUAGCGGUCGGAGCGCCGCGGUGGAGGAUGGGUUGUUUUCGGAUUUCGAGCAGUCGACGCAAGAGGAGGGUAGCGGUGGCGGUGGCGGUGGCGGUGAUAGGGAAUUUGCGGCGGCGAAGGAGGUUCCUUUGACAAGUGUACCUGAUCCUUUCCCAUUUCCAGGUGCAAAACAUGGGAUGCAGCAAACCUCAAACCCGGAAAUGGGAGCCAGAUCUGAGGCAGGACGUAAACGUAAACGGUUUGCUGCAGACGGAGAUGAGGAAACAAACACCCUGCAGUAUCAGCUGAUUGAGAUUUUAGAAAGAAAUGGGAGAAUGCUGAGUGCUCAACUUGAAGCUCAGAACACCAAUAUUCAAUUGGAUAGAGAGCAACGAAAAGACCACAUGGAUAGCUUAGUUGCAGUUCUCGAUAAGGUGGCUGGUGCUUUGGGAAGAAUCGCCGACAAGUUAUAGCAAACAGCCAUGAGAAGAACAUAGUGUAUAUAGCAACACAGGUAAAUCAUAGCAAAACAGAUUGUUGGGGAGGCUGAAGGAUAAGUUGAAAGUAUAGGAUUUUCCCCCUCCUCUUUUGUUUUAUAUUCUUUGUUCCUGUUUUCCUCCUUUGUGGCUUAUUGCCAAUAUUAUUAUAGAGUAGUGAAACAGAGAAUAAAUCAUGGAUUUUGAGAGUUAUCAGCUUUCAUGUAAUUCAAGUUGAUAUCAAGAUUUUGUCUUCAUCA